AAUACUGACAAAAUAUUUUAAAACAUAAUUUUUGUCGAAAUUAAAUACGACUAUUAGGAAAAAAUAAGUCAGCUAUUCCAUGUUGUAAAAUUAUUACUUCGAAAAGGAAUAAACUGACAUACUUGCUUGAUAACUGAAUAAAGAACUAGAAAAUGCUGCGCCAGCCUCUGUCUCGGGCGCUCGCGCUGACGUCUCCAGUGCGGGCGGCACCACUAACAGCUCGUCGUUUUGCUGAUCAAGUGCAAGCUCAACCAGAGAAAGUAGAAGUCUUUAUUGACGACCAACCAGUUCAUGUAGUACCAGGCACAACUGUUCUUCAGGCUGCAGCUCAAGUUGGAGUGGAAAUUCCUAGAUUCUGCUACCAUGAACGCUUAGCAGUUGCCGGCAAUUGUCGCAUGUGUCUUGUUGAAGUUGAGAAAUCUCCUAAACCAGUUGCUGCAUGUGCAAUGCCUGUUAUGAAGGGUAUGCGAGUGAAGACCAAUUCUGAUCUCACAAGGAAGGCGCGUGAAGGUGUUAUGGAGUUCCUCCUAGUAAACCACCCUCUUGACUGUCCUAUAUGUGAUCAGGGUGGUGAAUGUGAUUUACAGGAUCAGUCCAUGGCCUUUGGAUCUGACAAAAGUCGCUUCACUGAUAUCCAUUUCUCAGGAAAGAGAGCUGUUGAAGAUAAGGAUGUAGGUCCAUUGAUCAAGACCAUAAUGACACGUUGCAUUCAUUGCACCAGGUGCAUUCGUUUUGCAUCUGAAGUCGCCGGGGUUGAUGAUUUUGGUACAACAGGACGUGGAACUGAUAUGCAGGUUGGCACGUAUGUUGAGAAAAUGUUUCUCUCAGAGCUGUCCGGGAACAUCAUUGACCUGUGUCCCGUUGGAGCUCUCACCUCCAAACCUUAUAGCUUUGCUGCAAGACCUUGGGAAACCAGAAGAGUAGACUCCGUAGACGUCUUAGAUCCGCUGGGAAGCAAUAUUGUCGUCGCUACACGAACGAAUGAAGUUCUGCGGAUCCUCCCGCGUACAAAUGAGGAGAUAAACGAGGAAUGGCUGGCAGACAAGUCUAGGUUCGCGUGUGACGGUCUGAAGAGACAGCGUCUGGUGAGUCCGAUGCUGGUGGACAGCCGCGGGAACCUGACGCCCGUGGACUGGGAGGACGCCAUUGUCGCCACCGCCCGCGCGCUCCGGGACUGCCCGCCUGACAAGCUCCUGGCAGUAGCUGGGGACCUUGCGGACGCGGAAUCGCUUGUGGCCCUCAAGGAUCUCGUCAACAAACUGGGUUCCGAAAAUACGUGCACCGAGCAGUACUUCCCGCUAGAGGGCGCCGGCAUCGACCUUCGGUCCUCAUACUUGCUCAACACGAAAAUUGCCAACGUGGAGGAUGCUGAUUUUGUGCUCCUGAUCGGAACCAACGUGCGCUUCGAGGCGCCGCUCCUGAACGCGCGGAUCCGCAAAUCCUUCAUUCACAAGGAGACGGACGUCGCACUCGUCGGACCCAAGGUCGACCUCACUUAUGAGUACAUGCACGCUGGUGAUUCGGCUUCCAUAGUGAAGGAUCUGGCGACCGGCACCAGCUCGCACGCGGUGGCACGGCGGCUGGAGCAAGCCAAGCGCCCCGUCGUCAUCCUGGGCGCCGAGCAGCUGCGCGGGCCCGAGGGAGCCGCGCUGCUCGCCUACACGCAGCAGCUCGCUCUCAAGCUGCACGACAAGCUCGCCGAUAAGAGCUGGAAGGUGUUGAACGUGCUCCAGCGCACGGCAUCGCAAGUGGCGGCGCUGGACAUCGGGUACAAGCCGGGCGUGGGCGGCGCGCUGCAGGGCGGGCCCCGCGUGGUGUACCUGCUGGGCGCCGACAGCGGAGUCGUCACGCGGGAGGCCUUGCCUAAAGACGCCUUUGUUAUAUACCAAGGUCACCACGGCGACGUGGGCGCGCAGAUCGCGGACGUGGUGCUGCCCGGCGCCGCCUACACGGAGAAGCGCGCCACCUACGUCAACGCGGAGGGCCGCGCGCAGCAGACGCUCCUCGCCGUGUCGCCGCCCGGGAAGGCCAGGGACGACUGGAAGAUCAUUCGGGCGCUGUCGGAGGUGGUGGGCGAGCGGCUCCCGUACGACAACCUGGACGAGGUCCGCGCGCGCAUGAGCGAGAUCAGCCCCGCGCUCGUCGCCUACGGGGACGUGCAGGACAACAACUACUUCGCGCAGGCGACGGCUCUGGCACAGAGCCUUCAGAAACCCCUGUCUGGUAAAUUAGAUGUGAAACUGAAGCAACUCGAAGACUACUUCAUGACGGACCCGAUCAGUCGGGCCUCGCCAACAAUGGCCAAAUGCAUCCAAGCCGUGAUCAAACAAAAACAAUCGCCUUAUUAAUCGACAUAGACAAUGAGGUCCGGUAAUAAAUUCACUUUGUAAUAGAAAAGAAAAUUACCAUGCAUUUGUGUGUAGUACAACUUUGUAACGUAGCGUUUUAAGAGCAGCAAUAAAUGAUUAUGUUAAAAUUAGUCCAUCGACGGCUUUCAUUUAUUUAUUAUCUGUGAUUUUUUUUCUGGACCUUGUGAGAUUAAAAAAUAUUUCCUGGCAACUUUCAUUGGAAUUUGUGUUCAAAAU